GAUAGUAAAUAUGGCGCCGCCCGUGCUUGUAGGGACUGUGCUCGGUCUCCUCUGUGUUGUCGGGGCUCGGGCUGAGGAAACGUCGAUUAUUGAAGAAUUUGACGUUAAGCCAGGCGGUGUGGAGAACGCAUACACCCGGACUCUGGGAAGCUUUUCAUGCAAAUUUACUUACGCUGCCCAGGGAGGAACUAAUGAGAAAUGGCAGAUGACUAUUGAGAUGAAUGAGGAUAAACAAUAUUUCUUCUGCACAAUAUGGAGGCCUCUGGGGACAUCCUAUUUAUUUUUUCUGAAAUUCAAAGUGGAAGUAACAGGAGGGAGAAUAGAGUUCUGUGAAGCUUAUUCUCAGGAAAACAAACCAUUGAAGAAAUCUGAAUAUGAUGUAACUGAUACUGCAGUAUCUCACAGACCUGAUUCCUUUUCUGCAUCUUUAUACAAGAUAUCAGUUGUGACAAAGUGUGACCGUGAAGAACUGUGAAACAACGAGCACAAUUCUGAAAUAGGAAUUAUAA